AUGGAAAUUUGCACUUCAUUUGUUGGUUCAAUUUCUGAAAUUAUUUUCACCCGCUUAUUUGAUGCAUCAGGACGUCAGAUUGGCUACCUGCUUAAAUACAAUGACAACGUCGAAACUUUACAAAAGCAAGCUCAGAAACUCAAGGCUACCAGACACAGCAUGCAAUUGAGAAUUGAUGCUGCUGCAAGAAAAAGGGAAAUUAUCUUACCUGAUGUCCAAAGCUGGAUAUCUGAAGUUGAUAAUGUCUCUGCAGAAGCAGAAGAGUUUUUGGAGGAUGAACGCAAUGUGAACAAGAUGUGCUUCAAAGGGUGGUGUAUUGAUGUCCGAUCGCGUUACCGGUUCAGCAAGGCGGCAAAGCGGAAGAUAACGGUGAUCACUCAGCUCCAAGAAGGUGGAACAUUUCAAGCUAUAUCUCAGCCUGCUCUUCCUCCUUCAAGCAUUAUCGUUCCAACUGUUGGAUUUUCUGGAAUUUUUGAAUCCAGAGAAUCAAUCAAGAAUGAAAUUAUGGAGGCCUUGAAAGAUGACAAGGUCAGCAUAAUUGGAAUUUGUGGGAUGGGGGGUGUGGGUAAAACCACUCUGGUGAAACAAGUUGGCAAACAAGCCGAGGAAGAGAAGUUGUAUGAUUCAGUAGUUUUUGUAGUUGUGUCUCAAACCCCAAAUAUCAUGGAAAUUCAAAAAGUAAUUGCUCACAAGCUAGGUCUGGAAUCAUUAUUGGAUUGUCCUGAAUCAGAACGAGCAAGUUCCUUGUGGCAGAGAAUUAAGGAGGAGAAACGAAUCCUCAUAAUAUUGGAUGAUGUUUGGGGAAGAAUUAAAUUGGAGGAGAUUGGUAUUCCUUUUGGGAAGGACCAUAGAGGUUGUAAGAUCAUGCUUACCUCUCGAAGCAAAGAUGUGUGUGAUGAGAUGGAUUGUAACAAAAUAUCUAUUGUUGGAACUUUAUCAAAACAGGAAUCGUGGGAGCUAUUCAAGGAGGUUGUUGGAAUGGAUGUUGAAAAUUCUGUCAUGAGUCCAAUCGCAAGAGAAGUAGUUGCCGAAUGUGAUGGCUUGCCAAUUGCAAUUGUGACAAUGGCAAGGGCAUUAAAAAGCAAAAAUGAGCAUGUGUGGAUUGACGCAGCACGACAACUAAAAAUGUCUACCCCAACAGAUAUCCCAGGGAUGAAAGGAAGUGUGAUUUCAUCUUUGGAGUUGAGUAUCAAAUAUCUAGAAAGCGAUGAUGCAAAAUCAUUGUUCUUCUUUUGUAGCGUGUUUCCAGAGGAUUUUGAAAUCCCCAUUGAAGUUUUAGUUACAUAUGGAGUGGCUUUGAGGUGGUUCAAAAAUGUUGAGACAAUGAAGGAUGUUAAACACAGAGUGCAUGCUAUUGAGAAAAUUGCAAGGAAACGACUAAUUGGUAUGAAUUAUGUGUGAUACCCCUAGGCG